AUGAAACUUGACGGGCUUCGGACAAGCUACAUCCGCAAGUUUUUCCAAGACUAUCGCUUCGACAUCCUCGCUCCUGCUCGUGUCAUUGUGAUCAAGGCAUUCAACAUUGACACCACCGUCGGUGUGCGCGAGCCCGGAGUUAACAACGGGAAGAUGGAGAUGUCGGCGUUUUGUGGUACCUAUCGUGCAGGUAUUUCCUCCCGGAUCGCACCCGCCCCUGAAUUCAUCCCUUCUUUCCCUCCCUCCCCUUCAGAUCGCACCCCCCCCUUGGAUUCAUCCCUUCCCUCCCUCCCCUUCAGAUCGCACCUGCCCCUGAAUUCAUCCCUUCUUUCCCUCCCUCCCCUUCAGAUUGCACCCGCCCCUGAAUUCAUCCCUUCUUUCCCUCCCUCCCCUUCAGAUCGCACCCCCCCUUGGAUUCAUCCCUUCUUUCCCUCCGUCCCCUUCAGAUCGCACCCGCCCCUUCAUCCCUUCUUUCCCUCCCUCCCCUUCAGAUCGCACCCGCCCCUGAAUUCAUCCCUUCUUUCCCUCCCUCCCCUUCAGAUCGCACCCGCCCCUGAAUUCAUCCCUUUCUUUCCCUCCCUCCCCUUCAGAUCGCACCCGGCCCCUUCAUCCCUUCUUUCCCUCCCUCCCCUUCAGAUCGCACCCGCUCCUGAAUUCCUCCCUUCUUUCCCUCCCUCCCCUUCAGAUCACACCUGCCCCUGA